AUGUCGGGGAGAAGCCAGACACCAGGUGGAACAGUAAGUGUCCGCGUGGCCGGAAGGACGUUUGAAGUUGACUUGGAGCUUUUGAAGAAGCACAGCUGCUAUUUCGCAAAAUGCUUCCACAAGCUCCCGCAAGAAGCGUUGCGAAUACCGCUGGAGCUCCAAGACGUCAAGCCCGAAGUGUUCGAAGCACUGGUGCUUUUCAUGGAGACCGGGUUUCUGGACGCGGACCCGUUCACGGCCUUGGACAUCUACGAAGCGUCCAUGCUGCUCGGAGUUCAUCGAGCCAUCAAGGAGAUUAAGAGGAUAACGCUGAUAGGGUCCAAAAUGGAGCGCCUCCUGGUAUGGUACCGCACGGCCAACAAAGGGAGCAGCGGCCGUGACCGCCAGGCGGCUCUGCGACUCGUGGCCUCACGCUUCGACGAGGUGGUGGCUGACGAGCGUUUCCUGCGCCUCUCGGUCGCUGAGGUUGUGCCACUCUUCAGCUGCUCACGGCUCGGAACUUCAGGGUGAGCACUCAUUUCCCUGCUUUCUCGUUCGAAGCGAAGUGGAGAACG